UCUCCGCUUACCCUUUCUCUCGGCGGUGGGUCGGAGCCGCUGUCCCUGCUGGCCUCGCAUGUUUCCCCUCUUAAAUUCCUGAAUUUGAUGCCCCAUUUGUAAGAUUUAAACCAUCUAAACGCCUCUGUAAAAACCCCACAGUCCACACACACCGGUGUUUUAUUUUCACCCCAGUAAUUUGGCUGUUUUUUAAGACUUUAACACCCCCUAAAAACACAAAAACAUGGCCGUGGUGGUGAGCGGCGGAUCGUCUGGGCCGGUUGCCCGGCUCGAGGGCCGUGAAUUCGAAUACAUGAUGAAGAAGCGCUCGGUGACCAUCGGCCGGAACUCGUCUCAGGGCUCCGUGGACGUGAGCAUGGGCCACUCCAGCUUCAUCUCCCGGAGGCAUCUGGAGAUAUUCACCGCGAGCAGCGACGACGGAGGAACCGGCGGCAGCGGGGACUUCUACCUGAGGUGUCUCGGUAAAAACGGGGUGUUUGUAGACGGAGUGUUCCUCAGACGAGGCGCCCCUCCUCUGCAGCUACCACGAAUGUGCACUUUCAGGUUCCCCAGCACAAACAUCAAGAUCACAUUCACAGCCCUGUCCACUGGGAAGAAAAUGAAGCGCGACGCUCCAGAGUCCCCAGUGAAACCAGUACAGCCCCAGAUCUCCCCGCUGACCAUCAACAUUCCAGACAACAUCGCUCACCUAAUGAGCCCCCUGCCGUCGCCCACCGGCACCAUAAGUGCUGCUAACUCGUGCCCCUCCAGCCCGCGGGGUGCCGGCUCUUCAGGCUACAGGAUGGGUGGACGCAUGGUCAGCUCUGCAGAGCUGCAGCUUCUAAAUGAAAAUUCCCAGCCUGAGAACGACAAAGACGCCUCUGGAGGAGACAGUCCUAAGGAUGACUCCAAACCUCCGUACUCCUAUGCACAGCUGAUAGUCCAGGCCAUAACACUGGCUCCGGACAAGCAGCUCACACUAAACGGAAUCUACAAUCACAUCACAAAGAACUACCCCUACUACAGGACUGCAGACAAGGGCUGGCAGAACUCGAUCCGUCACAACCUGUCGCUGAACCGUUACUUCAUCAAAGUGGCGAGGUCGCAGGAGGAGCCAGGCAAAGGCUCCUUCUGGAGGAUAGACCCGUCCUCAGAGGGCAAGCUCAUCGAGCAGGCCUUCAGGAAACGAAGGCCCCGGGGCGUCCCCUGCUUCAGGACCCCACACGGACCCCUCUCCUCCAGGAGUGCCCCGGCGUCUCCCAAUCACUCGGGGGUUCUCUCCGCUCACUCCAGCGGCGUCCAGACCCCCGACAGCCUAUCACGAGAGGGCUCCCCGGUUCCCCUGGAGCUGGACACCUCCUCGGCUCCCGCCCCGACCCCCACCGCGGUGGUCCAGCCCAAACUGGCUGUCAUCCAGGAAGCACGCUUUGCACAAAACACACCAGGCUCGCCUGUUAACAACCAGCCGGUACUCAUAGCAGUCCAGCGUCAGUUACCUCAGACCAUCAAGCCAGUGACCUACACCAUGGCCUCCCCGGUGAGCACCAGCACCUCCCAGCCGGCGGUCCAGACCGUCCACGUCCUGCAGCAGAUCCCAGCCGGGUCCCUCAGCUCCGCUGUCAUCGCCCAGCCAGCCACCAUCAUCACGAGCGAACCGCAGGAGAACGGAGAGCACACGGGGCUCAAAGUCAAAGUGGAGACGAUUCCCACCAUCACCUCUAUAGGCGGCUCCAGUCGUAUCAUCCAGACCACCCAUUCAGCCACUCCCCUGCAGACUGUUACCAUAGUGCAGCAGGCCCCCAUUGGUCAGCACCAGCUGCCUAUAAAGGCCAUCACACAGAACGGCACCCACAGCAUCACCACUGCCAUCCACGGAGUCUCCAGCAGCUCAGCUGUGGCGAGCCCCCUCCACCUGCUGGCGACCCACGCCUCGGCCUCGGCCUCCCUCCCCACCAAACGACAGAACGGGGACCAGCUGGCCAGCGAACAGCCGGACGCCAAGCGCAUCAAAUCGGCGGACGAGGCGGCCCCGAUGAUCGCGGCGGACUCGGACUCGUCGGCAGCUAACGACCCCGGCCUCAACUAGUCUGUACAACCAACACACCACACAACCCCCACCACCUUCUCCUCCCUCCACGGUUUCUCUCUCUCUCUCUCGUCCCCCGUCGACUGUUUUUGUUUCUCCUCCUUCUACCACUGACUCCCGAGGUGCCAAACGGAGAGGAUUCUUUUCAUUUUUCAGUUUGGGUUAUCUGUUCUAGAGCAUCACAAGAAAAAAAAGAAAAACGUAAUGUCCACCCCUUUAAAGACUGAAAUGUGGGUUGAGAACAAAAUAAAGAAACGGGACAAAGAUGAACUCCAAAGGUGUCCCCUGUGAGCCACUGAAACAGGAGAGUGACUAAACCAAGACCACAGGAAGCCUUAACAACGAUUAACCCUUAAGAGCUGACCUUUGACCUCAAGCGGUCCAGCGGGGAGACUCAGCUCGGGGCUGGACGCCACCUUUUCUGUCGUAUCUACCUCAGAGCAGAUAGGAGACGCCGGCAGCCAGCGGACAAACAUCCUCCCCGGACCCGUCGGGACGGCUCUGGAAGAAGUGACCAACCGAGAGUAUGAUGAGCAUUCAAUGGUUUCAAAAAACAAAAUAAAAAUAAAACGGUCAACGCAUUCAGAAAGGGAUCAACUCGGAGCCAAUAUUCCUGAAACUCUGGCAGCUAGCCUCUCACAAUACUGACCUUCCUUUAUUGCAGCUGUACGUAGAUAUGCAGUAUUUUGUUGUUCAAAUGUGGAGCAUAGGAUUUCUUUUUUAUGUAUUUUCACUUAUCUAGAUAAGUAAUAAUUUAAUUAAAGGAAGCGUACAAAAAUAAUGAGGUCGAAGACAUUUCGGUAACUAAGUUAGAAAUCUCACUUUUUUCUUUUAUGUGGACUUCCUUUUUUCUGUUCGGUGAAACAGUGUAAUAGUUUUUUCGUAAUAUUUGUUUCUUUCCCCCCUCGUUCUGACAUAUCCAUAUGAAAUUUGCUUAGUUAUACCUACAUAUUUUAAUACUUGCACAGAUAACCGAUAUAAGCAUAUGAAAUCUCCAUGUGUAGUUCCAAAUGUUGACCUUUUGCAUGUAUCCGACAACAGAAGAGUUGUUAACUGUAAAUUGAACAGAGGAAAAAAAAGUCCCGCUUUGUCCAAACCAGACCUGCACUUGAUUAAAUGUUUGUGUUUUCAUUUCCCUUCUUCUUCUUCUUCUUCUUCUUCUUCUUCUUCUUCUUUUUUGUUCCCCUCCCACCCUCCUCCUCCUCUUCCUCAUCCUUCUCCUCCUCCUCCUCCCGGCUGUGUUGACGUUGUGGUGUUGGCAGACCCCCCCUUUGCUUGAUUAUUUUACUCUGUUCUGGCGACCUGGCGAGUCUGUUUUCUGAUUGUACACGUUCCAAACAAUAGUAAAAGAAAAAAAAUUUGAUGUUUGUUCUGCUUCAGUGGAGAAAUGCUUUUUUUUAAAAUAAAUUAAUUUAAAGCCCU